CUCACGUUUCUUAUGUCCGGCACUUGUUAACGGUAGAUUUGUCAUUUCCCAUAGCUGAAAGCAUGCAAAAGAUCCUCGCACCAGCCUAAGGCUGAAGCGAAGCCACAAGUCCCUAUCACACUGCUCUGUCCGCUUCUUGGUACCCGGUUGGGAGGGCUCUCCUUUGUCUGAAACCAAGACAUAUCGGUUUCCUUUCCGACGAGGCCGGUGGGCAAUCGUUCUGUCUGCACAUUUACAUAUUCUGGAAUCCAUACACUCGCAUACAUUACACCCUCUUCUGCGCGCCAUCGAUGUAACAGACUGCAAAAUCCCCUUAUCAUUCUGAUUCAUCCUACACCUCCGACCUCCCCCUUCCUUCUUCUAAAUCCUACGAUUCCUAUCUGAUACUGGCCAUCCCGAUCGUUGAGCAAGCCUGCAGACACAAUCGAUCACUCCAACACAAACACACUCACGAUGGGCAAAGGGUUCCAGUUCAUAGACUCGACCAAGACCGAUAGGGUCACCAGGAGACUGGUUCGAAGUCAUGCCAUGAAGGGGAAGAAUGUCGGCAAGGUGCUUCACCGUCGAUCAAGGCUUGAGUUAGAUCUACAUACACCCCGGCCGUCCAAGAAAGCAUGCACGUCGUCCACUGCGCGUAACCUCCUCCCUCAGCAGGGACAGCAACCCACCAGCGUCAGCACCAGCACCAGCAGACCGAGUAGCACCAAGAGUAGGAGCAAGAGUCCAGAAGAGACCCCUAGUCCCAGUGACGGCUCAAGCUCCACGAGAAGCAGCAGCUACAUCACAACUCCAGCUUCGAGCGUCACAGAUCUAACCAGCAACGACUUCCUCUUCCUCGAUGAUCUGGACAACCUUGACUGGUUGGCCGACGUCGAGAACCACGAAAUCGAUGGUUACAUUGUGGAUACCCUCUCCUCACCUCCAGUGGACACCUCAUUCCAAGGCCAGCAAGUGCAACAGUCCCUUAUUCUCGAAGCACACACCCAGAAAGCUCUCAACACGACACUGGGAGCACGAGACAGCUUAUUUGCCCUUGCCUUCCCCGUCCAAGCAACUCCACAGAGUCAAUAUGUCAUCAGCCAAUUCUUCGGCAUUGUCAUCGAUGCACUCUACCCUCCCCAACUAGUCCGAGGUGCUGCGAAGGCAUACGACUAUUGGAUGAGCAAUCUCUUCCAAGACAGGACUUCAUUCCAUUGUGCCAUAGCCCUAAUGGCUGCCCUCAGUGACUUCUUCUUCGGCGAUCAAGCCCUAACACCAGACGCCAUCUACCAUCUCAGUCAGGCCAUCCACAUGGUCAACCGGACGCUGGAGACCAAUGGCGCCUUGUCGGACUCCAACCUUGCCGUUGUCAACUUUCUUGUCAUCCAAGAGUUGCUGAGGGACUCGAUGAAGUCCAAGGCUGAAGUCCACUUAAAGGGUCUCCAGAGGAUGCUAGAGUUACGUGGCGGUUUGAACUCACUGGGGGAGGAGAAUCCGCUGGGUAUCAAAAUAAGCAAAACAGCAGUAGACUAUGCCCUCCACCGCGGCACUCCCAUCCCCGCCCCCUUCUACCGGGACCGCAUGUCUUCCAUCCGCGCCCGUCUUCUCUCCGAAGGCUUCAUCCUUUCUUCUCCUCCCUCCCCAUUCUUCUCUCUCUCUCCCAUCUCGCCAUCAUCAUCACUAUCAUCCCCCGGUGGCCUCGGCAGCGUCCAACAACAAAUCCAAAUCCACCCCUUCCUCUCGCAAAUCCUCUCCGACGUCCUAUCCAUCACACAUCUCCUCAACUCCCCCUUCCUCAACUUCCGUUUCGACCCACACACCCUCCAAGAGUUUCUCGUGUCGGUGGGGUGCCGCUUGAUUCGCUUCCGGCCGCUGUCUUACUACAACCAAACCCCCCAAAGAGGAAAACGACAACCGCCACCGCCACCACCAACGAAACAACAAUCCCGCAUAGAAUCAGCAAUCCACCUAGGCCUCAUCGCUUUAACUACUACUUUAUUCCUGCAAUUCGGUCGUCGUCGCUUCUUACGCUACGAGUUGGUAAAAGAUUGCAUAACUUCCUUAAUCAACGACUGGGAUUUUCACUCCUCUCUUGCCACCACAGGAUCCACACAAGGGUCAGAAAGCAGUGAUGACAUAGAAAACCAAACCCUCCUCUGGCUCCUCCACAUAGGCGGGAUCUCGGUGCUAGCGGGACCUGAAGAACAAAAGUGGUUGGCGCCUAAGCUGCAGGAGUUGGCGUGGGGGGUGAUGGGGAUUUUGGAGUGGGAAGGAUCUGGGACACCACCACAAGGGACUGCUGAAGGGGGUAGUAGUGGGAUUGGGACGACAAGGGGGAUAAGAGAGUGUUUGUUAAGGUUCCCUUGGGUGGAUUCGUUGCAUAGUGAGCCGGGGAGGGCGAUGUGGGAUUCUUUGGGGGUUAUGGGGAUGGGGAUUGUUUGAGCGGGGUUCCUUGUGUGAUGGGUUUACUUUUUGGUUUCUUUGUUGAGGGGAAGGUUGAGGUUUAGAGGAACAGAGAGAGGUGUUGGAGGAUAGAUGGAUGGCGUUGGUGUUGAUGUUGGUGCUCUUGCUUGUGCCAGGUUGUGGAAUAUGGACUCAUUUGUGUGAAGAGUUAACUGGUUGAUCUACCUGUUUCUGAAUAGCGAGAUAUCGAGUGGUGCGGUGUUAUAUGGAUGAAAGACAUAGACGUUUGUUGUUCCAUGAAGUUCAAGAGGGCUCUUUCUUGUUGCUGGGUUCGGCGUAUAUGAUACACCCCUACUGUAGCAAGGUUGCUAGGUAGUAGGGGCAAGUUUUAGACGGUGUUGUUCUGGUUCUGCUCCAACAAUAAGAAGUACGUGCUUUUUCUGACUGGCGGUUGACUUAAUUUUGAAUGACGUUU